AUGUCUCAAAGUUAUACCCUCCACACCCUUGCCUAUACCGUGUUCCUUUUGCAUUCAGCCAAAUAUGCCGUACACUCUGUCAGCGGCGUCCUUCUAGGCAAGAAAACGUCGAAAGGGAUCGAAAUCACGGAUGCGGUACCAUGCUUUCACGGAGAGGUUUUAAAGGGGAGCUUGGAGAUCGCGUUUCAGCAGAUCGAAAUCUACGCUACCCAAACGUCGACUCAAAUUAUCGGGUUUUACACCGCAAACCUGAAUGCGGCGGACAAGGAACCCUCGGUUGCCGUGACGAGAAUUAUGGACACUAUUGACGAGCGCUUUAGUGGGGCGGUUCUAUUAGUUGUAAGUGCUUCUAUUUUGGUGCAUUGA